AUGAUCGGAGUCAUAGUCUGCAAACUCGAACCACAUAGAGGCGGACCCAUGCGCGGCUACAUUGCCAUGCUUGCCACCCGAGAGGAAGACAGAGGUCAAGGAAUCGCCGGAAAACUCGUUCGACUGGCAAUCGACAAGAUGAUUGAGAAAGAUGCUGAUGAGAUAGCCCUCGAAACGGAAGUCGACAAUAUCCCGUCCCUCCGCAUCUAUGAGAAUUUGGGCUUCAUUCGAACGAAACGUUUGCACAGAUAUUAUCUGAAUGGAAAUACUGCUUUCCGUCUGAUUCUCUACCUUAAACCAGGAAUUCCCUAUCAGUCUACGUACCCUCCGGACUACGGCAUGGAGACGGGCGAAGAAGCUUAUUACGGGGCGAACGCGGGUCGGGAGGGGGAGGAGGACUCGAUAGAGCGACGAGCUGCGCAAAUGAAAAUCGAAGAUGUUCACGGGGAGCACUACGACGUUCGAGGUAGCAGUUUGUAG